AUCUCAGGAUUGCAUGUAUCUCCAAUACUGUAAAGUGUGUCAGUCUUACAAGGCACCACGUUCACACCACUGUCGAAAGUGUAACAGAUGUGUCAUGAAAAUGGAUCACCAUUGUCCUUGGAUCAACAACUGUUGCGGAUAUCAGAAUCAUGCAUCUUUCACUCUGUUUCUCCUCUUAGCUCCACUAGGAUGCAUUCACGCUUCUUUCAUAUUUGUUAUGACUAUGUACACUCAGCUUUACAACAGAAUAUCUUUUGGGUGGAGUUCUGUAAAGAUUGACAUGAGUGCAGCCAAGAGAGAUCCUCGACCCAUUAUUCCCUUUGGGCUUUCUGCAUUUGCUGCAUCUUUAUUUGCCUUAGGACUGGCAUUAGGAACAACUAUUGCUGUUGGUAUGCUGUUUAUUAUCCAGAUGAAAGUAAUUUUGACAAAUAAAACUUCAAUCGAGUCCUGGAUUGAAGAAAAGGCCAAAGACAGAAUCCAGUACUACCAAACGGGUGAGACCUUUAUUUUCCCUUAUGACAUGGGAAGUAAAUGGAAGAACUUCAAGCAAGUGUUUACAUGGUCUGGGAUUCCUGAGGGAGAUGGCCUGGACUGGCCAGUAAGAGAUGGCUGUCAUCAAUACAGUUUGACGAUAGAGCAACUGAAACAGAAAGCAGACAAGCGAAUAAGAAGUGUGCGGUAUCGAGCAGUAGAAGAUUACAGUGGUGUCUGCUGCCCUGUGACUAAAGGUGUUAAAACAUUCUUCACAACACCGUGCACUGAAGAACCUAGAAUUGCACUGAGUAAAGGGGAUCUGAUUUUAGCCACAAGAGGCUUAAAACACUGGAUGUAUGGUGAGAAGAUUCUCGACUCAGCUGCUGAUGGUGGAAUAAGAGAACGAGGCUGGUUCCCUAGGAAAUGUGUGGAAAAAUGCCAAUAUGACUCUGAAACGGAUCAACCAGUGGAUGGAGAGAAGAAAAACAGAUAGCCUUCUAAUUUUUUAAAUAAGAAAUGGAAUUUUUACUUCAAACCACAAUCCUUUACUUGAAAUUUUCUGUAUAUUACUUUAGACUUAUGCAAUGAAUAUGUUAGGACAAGGUUUUCUCUUCCUCGCAGCUGAAAGAGUUGGAUCGUGCCAUGGUUUGCAUACUUUUUUAACAAUAAAUAACCGAAGAAGCCAUUCAGUGGAUUGCCUUCAAGAUGCAUCUUUUUCAUCACUUCAGGUUUUUUUUCUUUUUCCUGUCUAAAUUGCAUUCUGAGGGUUCAUAUUUUAGGGUUUUUUCCUCAACCGCAUCUGGUUGUGAUGCGUGCUGCUUAUCUUUUGUAUUUUACUUUCUCUGAAGCUGCCCCUGAAAACUAUAAAAUAAACAUCUGAUUCAAAUUCAAGAUAAGAUUUGUUACCUGUGACUUUUAAUGAUGUGAAUUGUCCACCUCAAAUAAAUGAUACAUUCAUAUUC